CUUCUCUUAAGCAACCCCUCCCUCUGUCAACUUCGGGAUCUCUUCUAUCACCAGCCCCUAGAUGUUGACCAACUAUGGCCGAACCACGUCUCCGCUUAGAUUUGGACACUCCCACCUCGCACCUUAUCUUCGUCCAUGCGGAUAGCGGAUCAUACUCUCGGCCUCUAUCAGGCUCGCUCUGGAUCUCAACCGAGUCUGUCGCGUGGGAAACCCUGAACCCGUCCGGGAUUACCAUCAGUCUUCUACGAAUUGUGGAGAUUGCAGCCAGCGGGUUAGCUCGCAGAGAGACAGGGAGUCACCAGCGAUAUUCUCUCCCAUUCAAACGUCGGACGAUCCCACCCAGAACAGCUCACACGACGACUCGGACAUAUUGCGAGACCGUGCUCGAGUGUAACCUCUGGUCCUCGCCGGAUGUCUUCGCCACAUCUCGGAGCACAAUCACUGACACGAGUCUCAAGUUGCCCUUUUGUGUACCAGUGCCGGAUAACCUUCCUGCCACGACGACCACCGACCUGGGGACCAUCAGCUACGCGAUCCGAGCCACGGUGACUCUGGCCUCGGGGAAAUCAGAAAUCCUAUGCAGACCGCUUGGGAUUUCCUACCGCCUCAUACCCAGCUCAUAUCUCCCAGCCAAACACAUUCGAAGGUUUCCCCAAUCGCCUCUCAUCUUCGACGUCAGCAUCACACAACGACAGCCCCCUCACAGCACGACCAGAGCUCAAUUCUCGGUGGCACUGCUGGUCCGGAAUCUAUAUACACCCGGAGACCGAGAGGGGGAAGCGAAGUAUGUGACAGUCAACGCAGUCAAGUGGGAAGUGGGAGAAGAAGCGGUUCUGACAAAGGUCACCAGCGGCGACUGGCAUACAAGCCUCAGUCCUGGUCAGAGAUCAACGCGGGCCUUGACUCGCGGAGAGGACAGGAUCCCGGGGUCAACCAGCAACCACCGACGGUCCAACCUACCGAGUCGGACGGAUGAUCGGGCUCAUAUCCAAUUCGAUGUCACGAUACCACAAAGUGCCAAUGCUGUGGAUGACCCAGACCUAGAGUCACUGGGCCCGAGUCGUGGGCAGCUUCAUCCGAGUCAGGUGGCCAAGACCCCAGCCAUCACCGUCGACCACCACCUCAAGGUUGAGGUCAUCACGGGAGAGGAUAUUGUAAAUGACCGAAUGAAUCGUUUAUUGGACCGAAAGACUUCGGUCAAGUCCUACGGGGCGAUCUUUCCGCUACCCAUCCAACAGCUAGCUAGCAGCAGUGACAAUCUGUACGCUGACGUCUUCGGCGAGGAGCUCCCAGCAUUUGAAGUGGCUCAAUCGCUAUCGCCGCCAAGCUAUGAGGCAGGGCUAGCGGCGGCCACGUAGCGCUCUGGUGGCUAAACAAGCACGCAUUCUAACAGGCAUUGACCGAUCUUAU